CGACAAAUGAGAUCCAUAUAUGUAUAGAUUAUCUAUAGUACUAGUCAUGCAUACUUUUCCUUUGUUUUCUGAAGUUGGGUUUAAUUUUAAAGACUAAUUUCUCCUUAAUUCCUAGAGGUACUAUUGAGUGACAGUAUAAGUUCACAACAACCCUCUGAGCAAAUAUGAAUAUUAUUGUUAGUUUCAGUCUGUUUUGCUGCCUACAUUAGAGAGAGACUACUGACUUGAAUUGAUUCAUGAUUAUCAAUAAUCAUGGUACUUCCUUCCAAGAAGUUUAGAGGCGUCAGGCAACGACAGUGGGGCUCUUGGGUUUCUGAAAUUCGCCACCCUUUAUUGAAGAAAAGGGUAUGGUUAGGAACAUUUGAGACAGCUGAAGAAGCAGCAAGAGCAUAUGAUCAAGCAGCCAUACUAAUGAAUGGCCAAAAUGCAAAGACUAAUUUCCCAAGAGACAAGCUUAACCCAUCAACAAAUAAUACUUCAAAUGCUAAUAAUUCCAAUAUUGAAGAUCAAACAACACCAUAUAAUAACUCUACGUUAUCAAAUAUACUAAGUGCAAAGCUUAAGAAAUAUUGCAAGGAUCCUUCUCCUUCCCUAACCUGUCUCCGACUCGACUCCGACAAUUCUCACAUUGGUGUAUGGCAAAAAAGGGCAGGAAAUUGCUCAACUUCUAGUUGGGUUAUGAGAGUUGAGCUUGGAAAAAGUUCAAACAUGUCUAAAGAGAAAUUCAAUAAUAAUAAUUCAAGUAAUUUAUUGGUUGAUCAUAAUCAAGGUUCACAAUUAUCUAAUGAUUCUUCUUCAUCUUUAGUUAUGGAGAAGGAAGAAAGUAAUGAAAUUAAUGAAGAAGAUAAAGCUACCUUGCAAAUGAUUGAAGAGCUUCUUAAUUGGAACUCUCCUUCAACUUCUUUUACUUAAGGAUCAGGCUCGCACCCGGAUUAGAAUGUUCUCAUUCAGACUCAUACAAUAAUUAUAAUAAUAAUGAUAUAAAAAACUAUGGAUUAUAUUUUUGAUUUUAACCUAAUUAAGUCAUCAUCUAUAG